CGCGGCGGCGCUACGCUGGACAGCAUAAGAGGCGAUGGCUACCGACCCGCCGCCGCGCCCAGUUGGAUUGCGCCAGUUCGGCUCCCAGUGGCCCAUGCAAGCUAUUGACUCAGUGGAAAGCUCUGAUGAUGAAUUCUUCGAUGCACGAGAGGAGGUGGCAGAAGGGAAGAAUGCCAUCCUUCUGGGGAUGAGCCAGUGGAACUCCAAUGACUUGGUGGAGCAGAUCGAGACAAUAGGAAAGCUGGAUGAAAAUCAAGGCUAGAGCUGCCCUUGCUGCUGCUGGAAGAUCUGCUUGUGAAGACCCCACAUUUUGCUCAUCUGGUGUUCUACAGGAAAAACAACGUGAGUCCUGGAGCUUUUAAAAUGUACUCCCAUAUAUUGUACUGUCUAAAAGUACAAGCAAUAGCUACAUUUAAAUCUGCCUCGAUAUUUAUUAAAAUGUCAG